AUGAUUUCAAGCAGCAACUCGUUUCAUAAAACUCACUAUGAGAUCCUAGGUGUAAAGAAAGAUGCAAAUUUGGAAGAAGUCCGUAAACCCUAUCGUUCAGCCAUACUUUGUUUUCAUCCAGACAAGCAGCAAAAUGCAUCAGAAACAUCCAAUUCUGAGUGUCUGACAGACAACAAUUAUUGGAGAUACAGAGAGCCUGGGAAACCAUGUGGUGACUACUACUUUAUUGAUUCUUUCGAGUUGGCAGAUAGGAGUUGUUCAAAAUCAAGAGAUGGUGAUACGUUAUCGUUGCUAACAUCUAAAUCUUUGCCAACAUCUGUUGUGCUUCCUUGUGGAUCUUGCUCACUUAAAGUCCGCCUACUGAUCAACUGUGAUACUAGGCUUCGUAGAGAUGUUCACUUGUAA